AUGUUUACUGUCACCGCUGAGCACGUGGUUCGCCUGGGAUACAGACCCGCAUCCACUAAGCUGCGGCAGUCGCCUACGGAGCGUAGCAACGAAAGCUACGCGCGCGCUACGGCGUCGACCGUUGGAGCUUUCACGUGCAGUACGGGCUCUAAACUGAAGAUGUGGACAUUAAUUUGGUGUACGAGUCUUUUAGCCAUUUUGAUGGCUGAUAUAAGAACUGGCGCUAUACACAAUAAUGAAGUUGAACCGCAACGAUGUUACUAUUGCCCUAAUAAUAUCACGACGUGCUAUCAACAAAAAGUCUCUAUUCUAUGUACCGCUGAAGAACCUUACUGCGGUACUGUAGCCGUUGGUCCCGGUUACAUUUCGAGCAAUAUUGACGCACCGCACGCUGAACCCUUAAAGCAUGAAGCAACAGUACCGCCAGAUGAUGAUGAGGAUGAAAGUGAAGGCAGUGGAGUGUAUGAUGAUCCCAAAUCUCCAAAAAACCCCGCCUCAGCACCAGCUGCCCCUAGUUCAUAUUUACCAGCGGAGGAAAAUAAAGCUUCGUCACGGUUCCAAACGUCUUUAGCUUUGUUUAUCUUAAUUAUGUACGCCACACUC